AUGUUUUUUAACCCGGGCAUAAGGAACUACAUAUUAAUACCCGUCCUUGUCUAUAAAGGAAAUUAUUGCUUUAUACAUAAAACUGGUCCCAGAAUUAAUAAUUAUAUUUUAUUUAGAAAGAUUAAACAAAAAAUUUCAGAUUAUUAUAUUUAUAAUAAUCAAUUUGGUUUUCUAAAUGGAGCAACAUUGAAUUUGCUUAUUCUUAAGAUUGUUCUACUUUAUUUUGAUUCAUCCCAAAUUUAUUUGUUACAAAAAUUCUUUGAAACAUUUAGUGAAUGGGAAUGGAAAUUUCCAGUCAAAUUAGAAGAAUUAACUCAAAAAUCGCAAAGUUGGAAUGAAGAGUCAGAAAUUAAUUUUAGAAAGAACCAAUAUCUUUCAAAAUAUAUUAAUUAUAGUAAUGAAGAAAGAAUUAGAUUAGAAAAACAUACUAAUCCAAUAAUGGUUGUGUUAACACUUGGCUAUCCAGAACAGAAUUGUUCAUAUAAUGUUAAUUAUUCUACGAGAAAGAUUAUUUUAAAAGAGUUGGAGAAUGGUUAUUUAUUUUUAUAA